UUGUGACAAGGGCUUGUGAGCCAUUUGAACAGGUAACUGGAGCUCCUGUUGGUCAGAGCUCAGCAGAAAUUGGAUUGUGUGGUGUACUGAUGUCACCGAUAGUUUGAUCGUUUUUGGAGAGUGGGGACUGCACGUCUAGUGACCCUUGCUGUGUGUGAGGACAGCAACACAAUCUCCCAGGAGCAUCAGGGACUGACCGAUGGAUGAUCAAACCCACAUCUGCUCUCCUCUCUAGAUUAGUUUGGUCUCCAGAAAACCCUGGGAUUCUUAUGCUAAGAGAAACAGAGAGAGAGAGAGGGAGAAAAGAACAAAUUGUCUCUAUAAAGACAAGAAAUCUUUGCCUCCUUUAAGAUUAACCAUGAGCCAAAUGUGGACAGUAAUGUCCCUGGUCUGAUAGAUACUGACAGAAUCCAACAAGUUGAAGACAAACGGGGAAUCGUACCCCACCUCAGCCGGAAAAAGAUGCCUUCCAAUGGGUUUGCUACUCUGAAGGAGACUUUCUUCCAACCUGUCAAAGAGGAAACUAAACACACCGUGGGAGAUACGCUGGGGCAUAUUCAAAGAGCUGUGGACGGUACGAAUGUGGAGAAAGAGGAGGAAAUUGAGUUGAAUGAAGAUGGCCGGCCGGUGAAGAGUGUGGUCCUGAAGCAGCCAUUGUGUGACUGCUACUGCUUUGGAAUGCCCAAGCGGUACAUCAUUGCCAUGAUGAGUGGACUCGGAUUCUGCAUCUCCUUCGGCAUCCGCUGCAACCUGGGCGUGGCCAUUGUGGAAAUGGUCAACAACAACACUGUCUAUGUGAAUGGCAAGGUGGAGAUUGAGAAACCUCAAUUCAAUUGGAAUCCUGAGACUGUAGGGCUGAUUCAUGGCUCCUUUUUCUGGGGUUAUAUUGUGACUCAAAUCCCAGGUGGCUUUAUCUCUAACAAGUUUGCUGCAAACAGAGUUUUUGGAGCUGCUAUCUUCUUGACUUCAACACUGAACAUGCUCAUUCCAUCAGCAGCAAGAGUGCACUUUGGCUGUGUCCUGUUCGUAAGGAUACUUCAGGGUCUCGUGGAGGGAGUCACGUACCCAGCAUGCCAUGGGCUCUGGAGCAUGUGGGCCCCACCGCUUGAACGAAGUCGACUGGCUACAACGUCAUUCUGUGGUUCAUACGCAGGGGCUGUGGUAGCAAUGCCGCUGGCAGGAUUGUUGGUCCAGUACAAAGGCUGGUCUUCAAUCUUCUACGUCUAUGGAAUGUUUGGAAUGAUAUGGUAUAUAUUCUGGCUGCUGUUUGCCUAUGAGAGCCCUGCAAAGCACCCGACAAUAACAAGGGAGGAGCGAACAUACAUCGAGACCAGUAUUGGGGAAAGGUCCAGUCUAAUCAAUGCCACGCAGAAAUUCAGGACUCCCUGGUUAAAGUUCUUCACCUCCAUGCCUGUUUACGCCAUCAUUGUGGCCAAUUUUUGCAGGAGCUGGACCUUCUACCUGCUGCUCAUCAGCCAGCCUGCCUACUUUGAGGAGGUUUUUGGUUUCCCAAUCAGCAAGGUGGGUGCACUGUCGGCUGUGCCUCACAUGGUGAUGACCAUCAUUGUGCCCAUCGGAGGACAAAUUGCCGAUUUCCUGAGGAGCAGAAAUAUUUUCUCCACUACAACCGUCCGAAAAAUCAUGAACUGCGGUGGUUUUGGCAUGGAGGCCACCUUAUUGCUGGUCGUUGGUUACUCCCACACCAGAGAAGUUGCCAUCUCUUUCCUGGUGCUUGCUGUUGGAUUCAGUGGAUUCGCAAUUUCUGGGUUCAACGUCAAUCACUUGGACAUUGCCCCUCGUUAUGCGAGUAUCCUGAUGGGGAUAUCCAACGGUGUGGGAACACUAUCAGGAAUGAUUUGCCCAUUAAUCGUUGGAGCAAUGACAUCGCACAAGACCCGCGAGGAGUGGCAGCACGUGUUUGUGAUCGCCUCCGUGGUCCAUUACAGUGGAGUCAUAUUCUAUGGAAUCUUUGCCUCGGGGGAGAAGCAGGACUGGGCAGAUCCCGAUGAAGCAAGCGAAGACAAAUGUGGCAUCAUCUGCCACGAUGAGCUGGCGGAGGAGACUGAACUCAACGAAGACAACUACAUCAGUCCAAAGAAAAAGAUGUCCUAUGGUGCUACCAGCCAAAUCAAUGGAGCUCGGAAAGAGAGCUGGAAAGUGAGGAGGGGAAAAGCACACGAGGAACUGAUAGAUGAUCAGAACAGCUAUCAUUGUGAGAAUGGGGACUAUCGAGAUACAUCUCAGUGACUUCAUGUGAUCUGGACUAAAUGCUGUGGCUGAAUAUCAAUGUUCAAGGCACAGUCUGUUUUAUUGGCUUAUAAAUGUUAUAUUUAACGACUUCAUAAAAAUUAUUGGCCUUUCUUAAGAUUGCCUGGUAGAAAUGGCCUUCCCUCAAAUUAUAUGAUUGGUUAUUGGCAACUAUAAACAUUGUAAAAUAAAUUGGACCUGGAAGAAAGUGAGAUUACAUGGAAUGUGUGCACAGAUACAGGCCAUUCAGCCCAAAUGCUUCCUGUUUAUGACCCACAUGAUUCUCCUCCCACCCCAAAUGCACCAACCCAAUCUUCAUUUGUUUAUACACCCUCCCCGUUCAUAGAAUUCUGUUGUUCACCUCACCCUAUCCCAAUGGGAGCGAGUUCCACAUUCUCACUGCUCACUGGAUAAACAGUUCUCCUAAAUUCCCAAUUGGAAUGACUGGAGUAAUGACUGUCUUUUAUUGAGUUUUGGUUCUCCUGCCCCACCGCUCCCAAUGAGUGGGAACAUGUGUUUUACCCAUGUUGCAAACUUGUUGAGAGACCAUUUCAUGGUGUGAAUGACCUUGAGGAGGUCAGUGCCGUUGCCAUGUCUGACAGUCCAGACAGCUGAAUGAAACAGAUGAACCUUGCCCAUGUUAGGACCUCUUCCGAACAAGGGCUGCUUUUGUACCAGCGAUGGAGAAAGUGCAGGACAAAUGGGAAUCUUCAGAGUGCUGAUAGGUCAUUAUUUCACUUCAGGAAUGCAUUCUAUAAAGUUGAUAGCACGUUAAGUCACGUCACAGUUUGUUUUCAGAUUGGCUUACAAUGCCCUGGCCUCCGUAAACCUCAUGCAUUCCAUUAAUAAUGUUAAACUGAUUGAAUUUUUGAUGUGAGCAAAUAUGGAUUUAUUGAUCUUGGUGUGAU